AUGCCGUGGCUUGGUGUUUCUGAGGCACGACACAGCAGUAUAAUUACCAGUACUCCCAUCACUUUCAGCACCAACCUGCAUGAUCACCCUGAUCGUCCUCGCUGGCUUCGUUUUAUUCAGCGCACUGCAUACCAUGAUGGAAUUCUUUAUGGAACACCAACUAUGAAAGAUGUUGGACAGAAAAUAAUUGAAGUUACUGCUGUUAAUAGGAAGACAUUUGAGACAACAAGGCAAAACAUUAUCAUUAAUGUUGAAGAACCAAUAGGGUUGAAAUUGCCAUACCAUAUUGAGUUCUAUGUGAAAAACAGAAAUGUGGAUGAAGUGUUGCCCUUGGAAAUGCAACAGUAUUUCCAGGACAGAGUGGCGAGCAUUUGGGGGUCAAAUCAUUUGACCAUGAUCAACAUCACUUCGGCGCUGGACAGAGGAGGCAGAGUUCCACUGCCCAUUCCAGGAAGGAAAGAGGGUGUGUAUGUAAAAGUUGGUUCCAAUAUUCCCUUCCCUUCUUGCCUGGAGGAAGAAGUGCUUCACGAUGAGCAGUGUAGUGACCAAAUGGGACCCAUCAACUGUGAAGACACAUUUAGUCCUCAGUUUAUUAUUGAUUGGUGCAAUAUCUUGUUGAUUGAUAAAUCCAAACCAGAUUUACCUGAUGCUGAUGUGGUUCCAGGGGAUGGUAUCCUUACUGAUGGUGGAGAAUACAAUCCACCUUCAGAUUUCCUUGAAAGCAGGGACUACUAUUUGGACUAUGUGGUCACAAUAACAGUACCUUUAGCAAUUGGUCUGUUUCUGUGUCUCCUCCUUGCUUACAUAAUGUGCUGCCGGCGAGAGGGAGUGGAAAAACGAGAUACAAAGACUUCAGACAUUCAACUUGUCCAUCACCAUUCAAUUCAAGAUGAUACCAAUGAACUCAGGAAUUUAGUUAAGAGCAGGGAUGGCUUGCGGCCUCUAUCCACUCUCCCCAUGUUUAAUGCAAGAACUGGGGAAAGGGCACCUCCCCGAAUCCCUUUUAGUUCUGACACAUCCCGAGUUCCUCUUAUAUUGGACCAACAGGAACCACACAGUGAUCCUUAUCCCAGAACCCAGCCAAAGACUCAACAGCAAAAAGACAUUGGUAAAUAAAGUCUUAAAGCAAGAUUCUUGGCCUGGAUGCUAAUCACACCUACACAAAAUAUGAUAUUUUCCAUAUUGAAAGAGAAAGAAGUCAAGUUGGAAAUACAUGUAAAC